AUGACCUUUGGAAACCAGAUUAAAUGGACAGAGAUCUCGAGGGGCGGAGGAUGUGUCGGGUCACUGCUCAGUUGGGUUCACAGUGGUCUCACACGGGUACGUCGGGGGGCGUUGAAGAGUAAUGGUCGCGAUUCGGAUGAAAAUGUUGUCAUGGUGGCACGGUAUCCCAUCUACCGGAACAAGACGGUACGCGGUACGGCGACGUCCAUGGGACGGACGAAGGCGAGAGAGGUGGAGGGACCUCUUGCCGAAGGCCGGCAAGGAGGAUAUCAGAGUGACGGACCCAAGCUUAGACCUCUCGCCUUGGCGGCAGGCCUGGAGCGGAUCUGCGAGAAUUACCAGCCCGAUCUGCAAUGUACACUUCCCGAAUGGUCCGAUGGCUCUUUGUGA